GACAACGUCAUGACUAGACUGCUGGUAAUCUUGCCGCUGCUGCUGUGUCUGGCCGCCUGGGCAACCGCGCAGUUCGGCGGCGGCUUCGGCAGGCCUGGCUUCGGCGGCGGUGGCUUCGGAGGGCCCGGCUACGGCGGUUACCCAGGCAACUACGGGCGUUACCCGGGCAACUACUACAACGGCGGCGGCUACAGGCCGGACUUCGGUCCCGGGGGCGGCUUCCGGCCGGGCGGCUUUGGGCCUGGGUACGGAGGUGGAUACAAUGGUUUCGGUGGCGGGGGCUUUGGCAGAUGAACACAACGCUAGCCACAGAGCGUCUGAGUCCAAAGAUCCUAUUCGUACAGCUUCACAUCUUUCGUUUUUGUUGACUAUUAUAUACUACUAAAACAAUAAAGCUGCAUAUUCAAGUAGAACGGCAAUUUUAUUUCUGAGAAUUUAGUCAGUCUAAUGAGGAUUUUUAUUAAAAAUUGAGUUACAGUGUACCAAAUAUAGUAACAGUUUUCCUACACUUUAUAAUACUCAG